GAGGUGUGCGCAGGCGCGUUGACCGUCGACGGCCUCCCGCGGCGAACGGCCGGGGAACAGGCGUGCUGCAGUUGCGGCGCCUGCGCGUUACGGCUGGGAACGCGCGGUUGGUGGACGUGCGAGCGCGCUUGCUGCUCAAAAGGCCAGGGGGCGCGGUUAAGGAAGAAGGGCAGGAUCCAGAUGAAAUUGGCAUCGAGUUAGAAGCCGCAAGCAAGAAGAUGACAAAGAGAUACAUAAAAGGACAAAGGAUGGACGAGGACGGCACAGAGGACAAUGGCCUGGAAGAGGAUUCCAGAGACGGGCAGGAGGACAUGGACGCGAGUUUCGAGCACUUGCAGAACAUCGACAUGAUGGACAUUAGCGUGUUAGACGAGACCGACGUCGAGAAUAGUAGUGCUCCAGACUUCGGGGAGGAUGGCGCCGACAGCCUCCUCGACUCCCUCUGUGACAGUAAAGACUGCGUGGCCUUGCAGGACGGACAGCUUCCGGCCCAGCUCACAGAGCAUGCUGUGGAUGGGGAAGGCUUUGAGGAUGCUUUGGAAGUUUCAGCCUUGGACUUCAAAGUCACUCCGGAUAUUGAAGAACCCCUCCUGGAGCCAGAAAAUGAGAAAAUACUCGACAUUUUGGGGGAAACUUGUAAAUCUGAGCCAGUAAAAGAAGAAGGUUCCGAGCUGGAGCAGCCAUUUGCACAGGAUACAAGUAGCGUGGGGCCAGACAGAAAGCUUGCGGAGGAAGAGGACCUUUUUGACAGCGCUCAUCCGGAGGAGGGUGAUUUAGAUUUGGCCAGCGAGUCAACACACGCUCAGUCGGGCAAGGCAGACACCCCGUUAGCGGUAGUGAAAAGGGAGCCCGCGGAGCAGACGGGCGCUGGCGCUGGCGCGAGCACGGACUGUGAGCCUGUAGGGCUAGAGAAGCCAGUUGAGCAGAGUAGCGCGGCCUCGGAGCCCGCGGAGGCCUCUAGCGAGGAGGCCGCGGAAGCGCCCACGGAAGCCCCAAGCCCAGAAGCCAGAGAUAGCAAAGAAGACGUGAAGAAGUUUGAUUUUGAAGCUUGUAAUGAAGUCCCUCCGGCCACUAAAGAGUCCUCAGCCAGUGAGGGCGCUGAUCAGAAAAUGAGCUCUUUUAAGGAAGAAAAAGAUAUAAAGCCAAUCAUUAAGGAUGAAAAAGGUCGGGUCAGCAGCAGCUCUGGUAGGAACCUGUGGGUCAGCGGACUGUCUUCUACCACACGCGCAACAGACCUGAAGAGCCUUUUCAGCAAGUACGGGAAGGUUGUUGGGGCCAAAGUGGUGACCAAUGCCCGCAGUCCUGGGGCUCGCUGCUAUGGGUUUGUCACCAUGUCCACGUCCGAUGAGGCCACCAAGUGUAUCAGCCAUCUCCACAGGACUGAGCUGCACGGGAGGAUGAUCUCGGUAGAGAAGGCCAAAAAUGAACCUGCCGGGAAAAAGCUGUCUGACAGAAAGGAGUGUGAAGUGAAGAAGGAAAAAGUGUCUGGUGCCGACAGACAUCACUCUGUGGAGAUCAAAGUUGAGAAAACUGUCAUUAAGAAGGAGGAGAAGACCGAGAGAAAGGAGGAGAAAAAACCCGAAGACAUUAAAAAAGAAGAGAAAGACCAAGAUGAGCUGAAACCGGGACCUGCAGAUCGGUCUAGAGUCACCAAAUCAGGAAGCAGAGGAAUGGAGCGGACAGUCGUGAUGGACAAGUCGAAAGGAGAGCCUGUCAUUAGCGUGAAAACCACCAGCAGAUCCAAAGAGAGAAUGAAUUCUGGGGAGCAGAGCACCAAGAGUCAGGACCGGGCGUCGCAGAGCAGAGAGAAGAGGGACAUCUUGUCGUUCGAUAAGAUCAAAGAACAGAGGGAGCGGGAGCGCCAGAGGCAGCGGGAGCGAGAGAUCCGGGAAACGGAGAGGCGGCGGGGAGCGGCUGGAGCGCGAGCGCAUGCGCGUGGAGCGCGAGCGCAGGAAGGAGCAGGAGCGCAUCCACCGCGAGCGCGAGGAGCUGCGGCGCCAGCAGGAGCAGCUGCGCUACGAGCAGGAACGGCGGCCCGCGCUGCGGCGGCCCUACGACCUCGACCGGCGAGAGGACGCCUAUUGGCCGGGAGGAAAGAGGGUGGCCAUGGAGGACAGGUACCGCGCUGACUUCCCGCGGCCGGACCACCGCUUCCGCGACUUCGACCACCGCGACCGAGGCCAGUACCAGGACCACAGCCCCGUCAGGAGGGCAGGCUCGAGGCCAGUGAUGGGAGAGCGGGACGCACAGCACUACUCAGAGGACCGCCAUAGCCACGGAGGACCAGAGCGCCACGGCCGGGACUCCCGCGACGGCUGGGGCAGCUACAGCUCCGACAAGAGGAUGAGCGAAGGCCGGGGGCUCCCUCCCCCCAGGUCAGUAGUCAGGCCACAGCAGGGCCUCUGCCCUCCCCUGGUCAGAGGUCAGCACCUUCACCAUGCACAUCCCCAGGGUGUGAGGCAGGGCCCCCACACCGCAAGGCGGGGGUCACCUGUGGGAGCCAGCCCCGUGGCCUUCACCUGCUCCCACAGUGGCAGGGACCCCUGCCCCUCCAUCCGUCCCAUGGCACUUCCAGGCACAUCCUCCCAGGUCUCCCUCUGACCCCUGGUCGGUCUGAAUCGGGGAUUCUGAAGCCCCGAACUGACCCUGAUGAGCCCCUAGGCCCCUGGGCCCAGCCAUGCGGGUGGGGAUCUCUGUGUGGAACCUGGACAGCAGGCGUGGUAACGCCCCCACCCCCCCAGGACUUCAGCACACCGUCAGGGCCCGCUCGGAGCCAGGGUGGGUACGCCCGGGUACACGCAGCGUCCGCCAGGGCUGCAGGUAGCAGGCGGUGGCAGGUCCAGCCAGGCGACAGAGUGUCCGCUCCCGGGAGCCUCCUCACACCCAGUCCUCCCGCCGGGGCUGUGGCUGCUCUGCUGUGCAUCCCUGAGGGCUUACGGGGCACAGCUGCCCUCAGAAGUGCACCAUAGCAGCACCCUGGGUGGCCCUCACAGGCGUCUCGCGCAUCGGGUGUCUGCUCCUCGCGGGGCAGCAUGGCACUCACUGCAGACGGGGCGGGGCUCUGGCACUCCGAGUGCCGGCCCUGAGCUGCCGGGCCUGCCGCUCACGGCCAGCACCUGCCCUGCUCUGUCCGGCCCAGCUGGUCUGGAAGCUUCCCAGGACAGCCACCAGCCGCUGCUGGAACCAGGACACGAGAGCCCCGUUUGGGUUUUUAAAGUUUAGGCCUGGAGUUUUACUGAAGCGUGUUUCGUACUGUUUGGUGGCUUUCCGUGGUCGGGGCUGAAUGCCCACCCCUGUGGUUGCCCUGGGAGUGCUUGCAUCCCUGCACCUCUCAGCCGCUGUGCCCCUGCCCCACACCCCUGCGUGCACGAGCCCCUCCCCUCCCCAUAGACCUCCCUAUUCCGGCUGUUUCACGUUAUGGGGUCACAGCCACAUGACCUCCAUGCCUGGCAUUAUUCCCUGAGCACGCGUGUUUGAGUUACACCCCGUUGUGACCUGUGCCAGGGCCUCCUUCCGUUCAUGCCGUGAGGCUCCAUGUCUGGUGUGCCCACUCCUGCCCAGUGGCGCUGCUCACGGGCACGUCCUCCUUGCUGCCAUGCCUGGUGCUGCUCAAGCGUCCUCAUGCGCUCCCACGUGACAGGGUGUGGUGUUUCCCUUGGGCAGGCUCCAGCGGAGAGUGGGGCUGCGGGGAGAAGAGCCUGUGCAGGCUCCCUCGGCAGCCACGCUGGGCUCCACCCUGCAGCAGCACACACGGUGCCAGCCCCCCACGUCCUCACGGCACUCGGCUCAUGCCUGUCUUUCUGACUGGCACUCCCUGGGGUGGGCUUGGCUGGCGCCUAUCUCCCGAGGCUGGGUGGCAGCGUGCGUGCUGGCUGGGCCAUUGUUGCCUGUGGGGAGACGUCACUUCCAGUCCUUGCCCGGUCGGUGCCAUACCCAGACUGCUGUGUCUGCCUUUG